AUGUCCGUUUUAACGAAAAUUGUUCAUUAUAUGAGUUUCCAAAAUUAUUCAGGUGCUGACUUCAUCAAUGGCCAACGCCCAAACUCUCCUGUGAAUGUACCUAAUUCGGCCAAUUUCGUUAGGUACAUCGAUAGACAAAGUCUCUGCCAAUUGUGUGACUUAUUCUUUGAAUGUUCAGACCAAGUAGAACAAUAUGAUAACGAAUGCAUUGCACCACAACCACCUUACAAUUGUUUUUCUUUAACAUCAAACGGCGAGAAAAUGUGCCAAAAGGAACCAAGUCUAUUUAAUGAGAACUCAGGAUUGGAUUUGAAAUCUGACGGAUUCACUUCUACGAUCGCAACAGUGGUCGCAUCUGGUCGGAAUAUCGCUGUAUUUUUAUCUUUACAAUUUAACCAAAAGAGAUACUUGUUGUCAGGUCAAUCAAAAAUAGGCGAAAGAAUUGGGUCCAAAAAAUGCACCGUCAACUCCGGUUUUUGUAUAGGAGAAAGUCGUUCAAAGUUGGGAAGUUUGGUAACCAACUUAGCGAAUAUCUCGAUGAUGUUUCAAUCAUCUUUGAUGGCAACUUCAAAUGGUCGGUUUAUUUCUAUCUUCAACUUUGUUCGGUUGGUUACAAAAAUUUAUACAAAAAUGAAUCCUAAAAUAAUCAAGUCUCCUAGAGAGAAGAUGCUUUAUAUCGCAAAGUAUAUGCCACUUUUCCUUCAGAAACUUGAAUAG